CACUAUGAAUCAUCUUCCCGAAAUUUUGCUUACAAGUAUAGUCGCGUGAAUUUUUGGUGCUUUUCGCUAUCUCUCCGGCUGAAAAAUGAUAAAACAUCAAAUUGAAAUUCGCCCCGAAUCAGUACCCCCACGAAGUGACCUACAAAAUGCACCGCAAACGAUACUUUCCUGCCGACUUGGAGCCUUACCCGUUGCACUACGCUGCCCUCCGAGGCGAUACCAAAACAAUCGGUGAGCUGAUUUCCAGGGGACACAACUGCUUCCAGCCCAUUCAGGAUGGCGAGACACCGCUGCACGUUGCCAUCGCCGAAAAACAAACCGAAGCGGCCAGGGUGCUGUUCGAAGAGUUCAGGCGACAUUUUGAGCUGGCCAGGAAGCAAUUCGGAAUUCGUUUGACGGAUCAAACAUUGCAGAAUCGUGGAGUUUUUAUUGCUCAAGAAGAUGAGCAAACGCGGAAGGUGCACCAAUUGGAAACCUGUACCGUUCCAAUAAGACAAUCGGAAAAACAUAUUCUUAUUAUGAUGAAACGUCCAAUAGGAGAAACCUUGUUCACGAUGAUCGAUCCAGCUGAAGUGGAUCGCAUCGAACUGUUCAAUCUGAUCGAAAGUAUCAUUCCAAACGGAAUCAUGUCAUGGGACAGUACUGGACCGGCAGGAAAAUGUGAAUCUCUACUGAUGCUUGCCGCUUAUUACGGAAAUCUUGAAAUUUUCGAACUGCUACUGGAGGAGGGAGCAAAUCUUGAUUUGGCCGGUCCAGGCAAGAGAACACCAUUCCACGCAGCUUGCGAAGCUUCCCAGCAUAAAGUGAUUGAAUUGAUUCUGUCGAAAUACAUGCAUCGUUUCGAUCCGACUGCUUUAGAUGAGAAUGCUCAGCAUGGCUUGCAUUACAUAUUGGAUCGAAAGAAUAGUGAUAGUUUCGAAUUCGUAGUGGAAAAAAUGGUAGAAUAUAGGGUGCAAAAAUUCAAGGAAACUCCAUCAUCUGCUUUUAAUGCACUAUUCAAACUGGAAAACAUCGAGUGGCCGUACUGCGGAAUUUGGAACCAGUUGGACGCUGCUUUCUGGGACAAGUCGAUCGAAGCUGUACUUGAGCAAUACAAGUACGAUUUGAAAUAUCAGUGGAAGGAGGUUACAGCGCUGAUUGACAUGAUAUCCUAUAAAAAAGCAAAGAAAUUCUACUCAAAAGCUAUCCGUGACAACAUUGAGCUACUGAAAGUUAGUUCAGCAGAUGAAUUUACGGCAUUACAUGCACUUAUUUGUGCAAACGAAAUAAAACUGGUUGAAGAGCUGUAUAAAGAUCAUCCAGGGGUGAACAAGCUUUUCGAGACCAAAGGCGCCUUUAGGACUUUAAGUUCUGUCAUGCAGCAAGGAUUCACCGAAAUGUUGAAGUUUGUAUUAAGUAAUCAUGAUCAGUUCUUCCAAGAGAAUUGGACUGAGAUACGAGAGCAAGUUAUUCAAGAUUAUCCAAUGCCAAAUAAUGACGUUGUGUUUCCAAUACUAUUGGAUUUUGUACCAGACUUGGGUCAGUGUAUUUCGGAAAGACAAUCAAAGAUGCACGAAGUCUCAUAUCCUGUAACAAAAGAAUUCUUUGACACGUAUGAACAGCUGUUGCAGGACUUUAGUUCGACUCACGAUCGCAUAAGGAGGUCCGGCAAAACCCUAGAAAGCUACAACAGAUUUCACGGAAAUACCUUCCUAACACAAGCUCUUCUCGAUAAUCAAUUAGAACUGGUUAAACAACUCAUCGAUGCUAAAAUAAAUUUAGAUUAUUUAGACUUGAGCGGUCGUCAUGCUAUUCAUCAUGUUCAAAGUGUAGAAAUGUUGCACCUGCUUAUUGGCAAACACCCGAAAGGAUCGUCGUUGGUCAACCUGAAAGACGAAAUCGGUUCAACUUUACUCCAUGUUAUCUGUCCAAGCUUCGUAGAUUGCAAGAAGGAUCUAAUUGUGGCGUUAUUGAAGCUAGGUGCCAAAUUAGACGAGAGGACUAACGAAAAAGCAACGGCACUAUUCUAUACGUACGAUGAAGAUACAUUCAAGUUCCUCGUAGAAGGUAUUGAAUCCGAGGGAUUCGCCCCCUUAGACCCAGAGCUGCGAGAUUAUGAAGGAAGUACAGCACUGCAUCGUCACCUACGUCAUUUGAACAGUCACCUAUGUUCGAUCAUGCUUCAAUCAUCUAAGACUUUUGCAAACUUCAACGAUAAGGGCGAGUCCUACUUGGCCUAUUUGCUGCGAUUCGAACGAGAUAUUUUUGAUGCCGUGCUGAAGCCAGUCUUGGAAAAGAAUCCGGACAAAACUCGAGAGAUGUUCGAAGCUGAGUUGGAGCGGUCACAAGAUCAAGCAUCGAAGUUAUUCGUGGAAGCCUGCUACCAGAUGAAUGUUUACUGCAUUGAGCAACUUUUGCAAAUGGAUUUGAAUUUUGGCGCUCGAGAUGAUUACGAAAGGGUGGGGCUAUUGGAAUUACUAGGAGGUUACGAGUUUCCUAGAGAAGAACUUGUAUUUAAUUUGUUGGACAAACGGUUAGAUGUUAAUUUGCAAAACCAGAGCGGACAAAAUGUACUGAUGGUUUGGACAAGCAGCAAGCACAGUCAUUCCGCACGGGAAGAAUUCAAUGUGCGGUUGGCACGAACAUUAAUUGAACGUGGAUUGAAUCUUGAUCAUAUUGACAACAAAGGAGACACAGCCAUGCAUUAUGCCUUCAGAAAUGGUGAUUUCAAACUGGUAGGAAUUCUAUUAGAAAAUGGAGCAAUCUGUUCGUGUAUGAAUCAUGAAUCAAAGAAGCCAUUCAAGGUAGCAGCACCAUAUAUUUCACAAAUUUUAAAUUUCUUAGAAUGAAUAAUAAAUAUUUUUUUACACAUAUAUACAAAUUA